GCACCAUUCAAAUAUUCUCGAGUGCUACUAAACGGAAUAAUUAGACAGAAAAACUCAAAGAUUACCAUCUAUAACAGGCGUGCAUUCACGUGUCAGCGGUCUCUCUAAAGAAGACGCCUCUGCAUAUGAAGGGGAAGAGUGCUGCCGAUCAGAGAUGGUUGAUGCGUCAGCUCAAUGACCCUUUCGUUAAAGCUGCCCACGCGCAGAAUUACCGCUGUAGAAGUGCAUUUAAGCUGAUCGAGAUAGAUGACAAAUACAGACUUCUCAAACCUGGCUUGAGUGUCAUAGAUUGCGGUGCAGCGCCCGGUGCAUGGAGUCAAGUUGCAGUCCAGAGAGUCAAUUCAGCAGGAGAAAGUGUGGAUCUUCCUAAAGGAAGUGUCAUAGGAAUAGACAUAUUACGCAUCGCCCCUUUGGAUGGAGCUCAGCUGCUGUCCAAUCAUGACAUCACCGAGCCCUCAACACACAUGGCGCUGGAGAGGCUCCUCCCUGAAGCUCGAGCAGAUGUCAUCCUCAGUGACAUGGCCCCCAAUGCCAGUGGGCUCAGGGAUCUGGAUCAUGAAAGACUGGUCACCAUGUGUCUAUCAGUGCUGGACUUAGCUGACAAGGUUUUGCGCCCCGGGGGCUCUUUGAUUUGUAAAUACUGGGAUGGCGCUCUGGCCCAUAAGCUCCAGCAGAGGCUUUCCUCUAUGUUUCAAGAUGUAAGAACUGUUAAACCAAGAGCAAGCAGAAAGGAGUCAGCAGAGCUUUUCUUUCUGGCAAGGAUGUUCAAAAUGAGAUAGAAUGAAGUCUUUUUCAUGCAAAUGCAUUUUUUAAUAUACAAAAUAGAAAUAAAUGUAUAUUUUAUAAAAAUAGUUUUGUUCAUAUUAUUUAAAAACAAAACAAACAACUCAAUACAAGUCCUGGAUAUAAAUGCUAUAGCAGAAUAAUUAGUUUCAGGUGUUAUAACAUUAUGUUAAGUAAGAUUUGCAUACGAUUUUUUAGUUUAUCAGGGUGGCCCAGAAGUCAUUAUUUAAAAUAAUUUUAUAAAGACAUGAUUGGCAUGCAUCUAAAUAGGUUUUUAGUGAGUAAUUCCUUAUUUAUAAUGUAUUUUUGUUUCCUUCUGUUAAUUAAAUCCUUUCAAAAGCACAGGGAGAAUAAUAAAAAAGGAUAAAUAUUUACUCAUAUUAUUUGAUGGAUUAGAUCAGUGGUUCACAAACAGUGGAUUCCAAGUGAGGUUAAAAAAUAAUAAGCUAGAUGAAUAAAUAAAUAUAAUUUACCAAAAAAGCACCAACUCAUAACAAUGAAUUAAUAGGUUGUAACAUUAAUAAUUUAGGUUUGUGUUCCCUGAUUUCAACAGACUUUAGUGAGGGUAGUAGCAUGUUUAUUUUUUUGAAGAAUUAAAACAAGGUUGUGAGGGGUAGAACUACACUCUAAAAAGUGCUGGGUUAAAAAAUAACCCAACCUUAAGCCAGUCGCUGGGUAACUAUGGGACAGAACACGCGUUGGGAUGUUUUGACCCAAGUGCUGGGUUUAACCAUUUGACCCAGAAUGCUGGGUUGUUUAUUUGACCCAACCAGUGGGUCAGGUUAACUGUGUUGCUGGGUUAAACAUAACCUAAUCAUUGGCUUAUCUGUCGUCUUAUCGCCUUACUACCUUUACAUUUACCAAUAAUAAUAAAUAAUCAUAAAAGAAUGUAAAAUUAUUAUUGCUUUUCUGCAAUACAGUUAGAAAAACAAAAAAAAAAGCAACUGUAAACAUCAAUUUUCAUCAGUUUUAUUUUUUUAAAACAAUUUUCAAAUGGGUGCAGCUGUCACACAUUUUAUCCAACCAUUACGGACACAUAAAACAACAACUUUAGUAGAUCAGUUAAUUUAAAACACAAAACUGUGUAAACUAGGCACUGUAGAUUACGAUUCUGUCAACACUGCAGCAGCAGAACACUCAAAAAUUAAUUAUUACCACAUGAGAAUCGUUCCAAACAUUGUGCUAUUAAAACUAAGCCAAACAAAGUGUCCACCAGACAAUACAUAUGACAGUUUAAAACAUGUUACAAGUGGACAGAAACUGUUGGCCUUAAAAAAAAAAAUGUCAAUAGACUUAUGUCU